CUUCCCAUCACAUCAUUUCCCCUCUUCUGACUUCCUUCCUUCCUUCCAUCCUUCCAUGGCCGUCAUCCCAAUUUCUUCACCUCCUCUCUUCUCUUCCUUCUUCCCUCCCUUCUUCUCGUAACGCCAACCACCACUCUUCCACCACCGCCGCUGCCACCGCGGCAGCUAUCAAUCAAUUCACCCUAUUUCCCCUCUUUUCUCUUUGUCUUACCGCCGGCGAAGAUGAAAAUCCAGUGCGACGUCUGCAACAAAGAGGAGGCUGCGGUUUUCUGCACCGCAGAUGAGGCGGCGCUAUGCGACGGAUGCGAUCGCGGCGUCCACCACGCGAACAAGCUCGCCUCCAAGCACCUCCGCUUCUCCCUCCACGUUCCUUCUACCCCGAAAUCCUUCCCGCUCUGCGACGUCUGCCAGGAAAAACGGGGGUUCCUGUUCUGCCAGCAGGACCGGGCGAUCUUGUGUCAGGACUGCGACGUCCCAAUCCACACGGCCAACGAGUUUACAAAGCAGCACAGCCGGUUUCUCCUCACCGGAGUAAAGCUCUCCUCCACUUCCGCUCUCUACACCUCCCCUGCCUCCUCCGCCACCGCCAGCACCGGAAGUCUCGUCCCCUGCACCACGACCACGACUGCUAAAUCUCGGCCUCCGCCGCCGCAGCCUACUCUGCCACAGCCAGCGAAAAAGCCAGUGUCACUGUUGACCAAACCUGCUCCUAAUUCAAUCGCCAAGACCUCAUAUUCUGCGAACAACAACGAAGCCAUCAAAUUUGGGGGUAAUAGUACUAAUAACAAUAUUAACAGCGGGAGUAAUAACAUGUUGGUGGCAGGGGAAGGGUUUGGUUCGUUGGCUACGAGCAGUAUUUCAGAGUACUUGAUCGAGACGCUCCCUGGUUGGCACGUUGAGGAUUUUCUUGAGAACACAUCGACCCCUUUUGGCUUCUGCAAGCCUGAUGAUCAUGAAGCUCUCACUCCGUUCAUGGCUAGCGAAAAUCAGGUGAGCUCGUUCUCAUCUGAAAGCUCAGGGAUAUGGGUUCCUCAGGCGCCACCAACUCCUCAUCAAUACCCAUCUCUUCAAAACCAGCAGCAUUAUCAACAAAUCGGGAUGCAAAGUGGGUUCAAUUACAAGGAGACAAAGGAUCAGAAUCAAAAUCAGGUAGGAAACCUGAAAACAAAUAGUCGACGGUGGACCAUGGAGGAUGUGUUCACUGUUCCACAGAUCAGCCCCCAACCCAACGGCUCCAAGAGAUCAAGAAUGUUAUGGUAGUAGAGAAUUGCAGAAACUUCAGCUCCAAGCUUUCUGCUUUUGUAGUUCUUUCCCCUUUUUGUUCGAUAUUUUGAUCAUUUGGUCUUUCUUCUUUUGGUAGAAGAUCAUUUGGGUUUUCAAAAACGUAUUGAGUGGGUUCCUUUCUCUCGAGUCUACUUGUGUCUUUUGGGUCAGUUUUGUACUUUCUUUCCCUUCUUUGUUGAUUUGCAGGGGUUUUCUUUGUGAUCCAUCAUUUGGGGUUUGUUGUAGUAGUGAAGUAGUACAGUUAGUUGCAUAAAAAGGGUCUGUAAAUACAUGAAAGUGGAGGUGGAGAUCUUUUGUUGUUCCUUUCCUAUUACAGCACAAACUUGGUUGAGGGGAGAAUCCCCGAAUCUUGGGAUGAAUUGAUCUUCCACUAGUGAGUAAUAAUACCCACUAAACCAGAGGAACAAAGGAGGAGAUGCAAGUUGUCCUAGGUGGAGUGUUUGGUUCGAUCCAGUUCAGAACCAGACAGGAGAUGGUUGUGGGUACAUUAAUGAAGAUGAGAGAGAGAGAGAGAGAGAGAGAGAGA